AUGGCUCGCUUCUUCUCAACUCUUCUUGCUGUGCUUGCAGCCAGCACCGUUCAGGCUUCUCUUGACAUCGUGUCUGGAGCAACAUGGACAGCUACCAACACUGGUGAGCAUGUCCAAGCUCACGGCCAUGGCUUGAUUGAGGUUGAUGGAACCUACUACAUGAUUGGCGAGGACAAGACAGACGGGACAUACUUCCAGAACGUCAACUGCUACUCCUCCACCAACCUCGUCGAAUGGACAUACCGAGGUGCUCUCCUCUCCCGCACCAGCGACGCAGGCGACCUCGGCCCCAACCGUAUCGUUGAAAGACCCAAGGUCAUUUACAACGAUCAGACAAAGAAGUAUGUUCUUUACAUGCACAUCGACAGCCCAGACUACAAGGAUGCGCGGGUUGGUAUCGCAACUGGUGAUAGUGUAUGUGGCAAGUACACCUAUCACCGAAGCUUCAGGCCUCUUGGUAAGCAGAGUCGCGAUAUGGGACUUUUCAAAGAUGAUGACGGAUCUGCAUAUCUCAUGACUGAAGACCGAGAGUAUGGAACGCGAAUCAUGGCAUUGUCAGAUGACUACCUUAACGUCACUGAGAUCACAUACGAGUGGCAGUACUUUGCCGAGUCCCCAGCUAUGCUGAAACAGAACGGAUACUACUUCAUCUUUGGCUCUCAUCUGACCGGAUGGAAUGCCAAUGAUAAUAUCUACAGCUACGCCAAGUCACUGUCUGGUCCAUGGUCCAACUGGACCGAGUUUGCACCUGUUGGAUCAAAGACCUACCAAAGCCAGGUCAGCUACAUUCAGCCCCUCGGUAACGGUAAUGCCAUCUACAUUGGCGAUCGCUGGGUCUCUACGAACCUCGCCGCUAGCACCUACGUCUGGCUUCCGCUCAAGGUCGAUGGCUCCAAGGUGACACUCAGCUGGUACGACUCCUGGUCGCCAAACCUCUCAAAGGGCACUUGGUCCGAGACAAAGAUGACAAAGAUCGAGGGUGAGGCCGCAACGAUGGCCAAUGAUGCCAGGGUCAUCUCCUGCAGCGAAUGCAGUGGCGGUAAAGCCGUCGGCUACAUAGGAGGCGACAAGAAAGGCACUCUUACCUUCAAGAACAUCAAGAGCUCGGGUGGUACAGCGACUAUCAACGUCAAGUACCGAAAUGGCGAUACCGGAUCACGAUAUGCGACUGUCAAUGUCAACGGCGAAUCUCAGAAGCUUGCGUUCUUGUCCACCAGCCAUCUUUCUCAGACGGGACUGAGCAGGGGUUUCUUUGAUCUAAAAGAGGGGUCGGAUAACACGAUUACUAUCUCCAAUGAUGAUGGAUGGGGCCCGGAUGUGGAUGCGCUGAUGCCCCCAGCGGCAUAA